UGGCUUUUCAGCCUUUUCACAUUGACUAUGUAUUUAUAGUUUAUCUUUCUUGUAUUAAUUUAUUCAUUACAUAUUUCACCAACACCUAUUAACACGUCUUUCUCUUUUAUUUUUUGUCACUAGGUCGACGUUGGGGAAACAUUGAAAAAUGUAUGUUUACGGGAAUGUAACUUAAUAGGCCUGUUUAUUUGAAAAAUACUCGUGAUUUCUUAGUUAACGGUGGAGGCCAUAAGCAUCAAAUUUUACUUUUUAAAAUAGUAAUGGAAUUUGAUUCCUCGCCAGUGUUUUUGAAUUCAGAAAAAAUUACAAGAUACAUUGAUGGAAGAUGGGACUCCCUGAUUUCAUGCCUUGAGACAUCUUUUGUCCUUUACUCAAGCGAUGAUGGUCAAGUUAUUCAGCCUGUAAGAGAGAACGUGACCGUUCGGGAUUAUAAUGGGUUAUUGUUUUCCAUGCCAGUUUGCAGCUCUCCACACGAAGCACUAGCAACUAAGAUCAUCACUGUAUAUAACGAUAAUCACUUGAGGGGACUGCCGAGAAUUCAAGGAGUUAUAUUACUUUUCAGUGCAGUAGAUGGUGUUUUGAAGGCGAUAUUGGAAGCUCCUGUCAUUACUGCCAAAAGAACAGCAGGUGCUACUGCAGUAGCUACUAAGUACUUAGCAUCAGAAAACCCCAAAAUACUGGCCAUCCUUGGAGCAGGUGUUCAAGCAAGAAGCCAUUUUGAAGUAUUAACUCAUUUGUAUAAUUUUGAAGAGGUGAGAAUUUGGAACAUUCAUCAGAAUAAUGGUGAAAAGCUGGUGAAAGAACUUAACGACAAAGGCUUUCAUUGUGUGUGUUGCUCGAAUGUGGAAGAAGCUGUGAGAGAUGCAGACAUUAUUGUAACAGCCACUUUUUCAAAAACUCCUAUCCUGAAAGCAGUGUGGGUUAAACCAGGAGCUCAUAUCAAUGUGAUUGGUGCUUCAAAUCCAACAAGCCAGGAAUUGGACCCUGAGUUGAUGAGAUCUGCUGUUGUCUAUACUGAUAGUAGAGAAGCUGCUUGUGUAGAAUCGGGAGACAUUAUUAUUUCAGAAGUAGAAGUGUAUGCAGAGAUUGGAGAAGUAAUUUUGGGAAAGAAAGAAGCCUUCAGAGAUAAAACAACUGUAUUCAAAUCACUUGGUAUGGCUGUACAGGACUUGGUUUCAGCCAAACUUGUUUAUGAUGCUUACACUUCAGAUCUCCAGAAGUAAUUUUAUGAAAUGUAUUGGUCAAGUUAACCAAGGCCCACAACACAAGUGUUGAAUAUCAUCAUUAUAAAAGAUAUAAUAUAACAGUGAAUGUUAAAAAUCUUUAAUAAUACCUACAGUAUUUUAUUUUAGGAUUUUUGAAGAAAUAUUCAUUUUUAAUUGUUUUCGUAGGAGGACAGUAAGUGUCUUAGUAGUUGCUAUUUUCUUAGAGUACAAAACUUACAAGAAUGCUGCUACAGUAGUUAAUCAUGUACUACUAUUAUAUAUCCAAGUAAAUGUGUAUUAUAUACUAUUGUUUACAGAAAAUGCACUGCUAUGUUAUUUGUGUUUGGUAUGCGAAUCUUAAUUAGGUUUUAAAAAGAGAUUAAUAAUUAUGCCAUAUUAUACAAUUAAAUUUGAUAAAUAUUGUUUAUAUUAAUACAUAUAACUUGAGGUUUAAGGUUACAUACAAAGCAUAUAUAUAUAUAUAUAUAUACACACAAAUGAUUACAUUAGUUAAUAGAUUUUCUCUACUUACCUAUGUAAUGACUAGAUGCAAAGAUUAAUAAAAUUUUAUUUUUUAAGAACCA